AACAAAAGCCGGCCCUCUCUCAUCACCCUUUCUCCAUCCAUGAGCAGUGAGGACAUGACGCUUGAAGCACACCAAACCGCAGUUAAUUAAUCACUUAAUCCUCAAUCUAAUCGCCCGACAUGAUCACGAUCCACAGCUAUACAGACAUCCUGACCAUUCUAGACCACCAGUCCGAACCCCACCAUUACUUCCCAAACCCCAUAACAAUUCUCUCCUCGCACCAACCCGGCGACCACCGUACCAGAGCUUGCCCAAGAAACGCGCGCCACGGCGCUCUGCUUUUGCUCUGCCGUGGCAUCCCCCAUCUGGCAGUGGUAGCUGACAACCAAUCGACGAGCGGCAUGUCCGCGGUGGACGGGUCGGGGUCGGGGACUCCACCGCCGCCGGGCCACCGCGGGUGCUGCGCCUCGGGCGCGACGCUGGAGCUGGUGGGCGCGUUCACGGCGGUGUGCCUGGUGCUGUACGGGGUGAUACUGUACAUGAACUACCUGUACGUGCGGUGGAGCGGCCGCGACGGCGUGCACCGGACGGACUCCGGCCUCGCAGGGCUGCCCGCGCAGAAGAGGCCCGCGGGCGGGAUGGACAGGGCGGCGCUGGCGGCCAUGCCUGUGCUCAGGUUCAGGGCUGACGCGCACGGCGGCGAGUCUCCUGCGGAGUGCGCGGUGUGCCUGAGCGCCUUGCAGGACGGGGACGCGGUGCGCGCGCUGCCCGGAUGCCGGCACGCGUUCCACGCCGCCUGCGUCGACGCCUGGCUCUGCGCGCGCGCCACCUGCCCCGUCUGCCGCGCGCGCCCCGUGCUCCCGCCGCCGCAGCAGGCGCCCAAGGCCGGCGCCAAGGUGGUGGCCGGGUCCUCCGGCCGGCAGCUGGACCUGGAGAGCCAAGUGUAGCUCCCGCGCCACGGUGAACUGCAAAGGUAGGUAGCUGUUGCGUUGCGUUCUGCUCCAAAACUGUAUCCUUCUUCAUGGAGUCAGUGAGUGAAUGGUAGAUAGACACCCCGCAAGUACAUAAUUUUGGUGCCAAUUUCUUUCGAUUUGUACGGAGAAGGAUACCAUGGCAUGUAAAAUUCGGCUUGUGCAUUGUUUGGCAGUGAAAACCUUUUCUGCAAUCCCUCUGCGCAAUUUAAGUGUUCUUUUUUUUUGAAGGACCUGCAGUAUUUUGCAUUGCAUUA